AGUCUUCCUUCUCUUGCAACAUUUAAGGAUGACUUUCUUCCAGGUUCUUCUCUCCGUGAAGACCGAGGUCAUCCUCCUCUUCACUCCCCUUCUGUUCCUUCCCUUGCCGUUGGUGGUGGCGACGUCGGAGGCACAAUGUGCUUAUGUUAUCAUCCUGAUGGCGGUGUUCUGGUGCACGGAGGUUCUGCCGCUGGCCAUAACAGCGCUGCUCCCUGCAUUCCUUUUUCCCUUGUUUGGCAUCAUGGACUCCCAAAGUGUGUGCAUGCAGUACCUGAAGGACACCAACAUGUUGUUUGUGGGCGGUCUGAUGGUGGCCGUCGCCGUUGAGCACUGGAACUUGCACAAGCGUAUCGCUUUGAGGGUUCUUCUGAUAGUCGGUGUGCGUCCGGCACUGCUUAUGUUGGGUUUUAUGGGCGUGACUGCCUUCUUGUCCAUGUGGAUCAGUAACACCGCCACCACAGCCAUGAUGGUGCCUAUUGUCCAAGCGGUGCUGGAGGAGCUCAGCAACAGCGAGGCACAGAUACCUCGGGAACUGAACUCUGAGGAAAGCCAGAUAACUGAUGUGGAUGGCAAGCAGCCUUCACAGUCGGAGAAACGGGCUGAGGCAACAGGCCCCGUGGUUGUGACUUUUUUGGAUACUUCUGUGGAGGUUACCAGGCAUAAGACGGCAGCAGAAAGAAUGAAGUUGUGCAAGGGGAUGACCUUGUGCGUCUGCUACGCUGCUAGCAUAGGCGGCACCGCCACACUGACUGGGACUGGUCCAAAUCUGGUGUUGAAUGGCCAAAUGAGCCAACUCUUCCCUGAAAAUGGUAACGUGAUUAAUUUCGCCUCCUGGUUUGGAUUCGCCUUUCCGAACAUGAUCCUCAUGCUCACAAUGGCUUGGCUGUGGCUGCAGUUUGUCUUUGUUGGAUUCAACUUUAGGAAGACAUGGGCCUGUGGUUCUGUGAAGACCGAGAAGGAGCUCGCCGCCUACAACAUGAUCCGAGAGCAGCAUCGUCUUUUGGGGCCCAUGUCUUUUGGAGAGAUCAGUGUCCUGGGUCUCUUCAUUCUGCUGGUGGUCUUGUGGUUCACAAGGGAUCCAGGCUUUGUGGACGGCUGGGCAACAGACAUAUUUAACUCCAAAGCAGAGUACGUUACAGACGCUACUGUGGCGAUCUUCAUUGCUGUUCUUCUGUUUGUUCUGCCAUCUAAACCACCACAUUUCUGCUCAUGGAGGACUCAGCGUUUUGACACAGUGUCUCAUCCAACUUCAAAUUCAAUCCCUCGUCUGCUCACCUGGAAAGUUGCCCAAAAGAAGUUACCGUGGGGAAUUGUGCUUCUUCUUGGAGGAGGUUUUGCUCUUGCCAAAGGAAGCGAGGUAUCUGGACUCUCCAAGUGGAUGGGAGCUCAAAUGAGCCCCCUGCAAAGCAUCCCUCCCUGGGCCAUUGCUAUCAUCUUAUGCCUUCUGAUUGCAACCUUCACAGAAUGCACCAGCAAUGUGGCCACUGCAACACUCUUCUUACCCAUCUUAGCCUCAAUGUCGCAGUCCAUCGGAAUGAACCCGCUGUAUGUCAUGGUGCCGUGUACGCUGAGUGCCUCCUUUGCCUUCAUGCUGCCGGUCGCCACACCUCCCAACGCCAUAGUCUUCUCUUAUGGAUACCUCAAGGUUUCAGAUAUGGCUAGGACGGGAAUAGUCAUGAACAUCAUCGGCAUUGUUUGCAUCACUCUGGCUAUCAACACCUGGGGUCGGGCCAUGUUUCAGCUGGACACCUUCCCCACCUGGGCCAACGUCACUAGCCCAUAAGGCCAACCUGGGUCCCCCUUCUUACAAAAAGAUCUCUGGUCAGAGCCACUACACAGUCUGUGCUGCUCAGACAAAAUCUACCACUGUGUGUUUUUCACCCACACCUAAGGUGAGCAUCUGGCAGGCUUAGGCAAUUAUUUUGACUCAGGGGCCAAAUUUAGAGGAAAAAAAUGUAUCUAUUUUUUGAACACUAAUACAAAACCUCACAAUAAUGUCUGAUUAUGACAGACCGCCUUAAAAAACGGAAUGGAAUUUUACAUUUUUUUUACUGAAUGACAAACCCAGAAUGUACAUGAAAAUAAAGAAUGUGGGAUUUAUAAUAUUACCCGUAUUUUCCGCACCAUAAGGCGCCCUGGGUUAUAAGCCGCGCCUUCAAUGAACGGCAUAUUUCAAAACUUUGUCCACCUAUAAGCCGCCCCGUGUUAUAAGCCGCAUCUAACUGCGCUAAAGGAAUGUCAAAAAAACAGUCAGAUAGGUCAGUCAAACUUUAAUAAUAUAUUAAAAACCAGCGUGAUGUGGGCGCGCAUGGAGUCGUAUAUCAACAUGGACGGAGCUGCGUGAAAAAAGCCACCCGGCCUCUUCGCGUAAACUUCCCUUAACCACUCGCUCAUCUUUUCUUCAUCCAUCCAUCCCUUCGAGUUAGCUUUUAUGAUGACGCCGGCUGGAAAGGUCUCUUUUGGCAAGGUCUUCCUUUUGAAUAUCACCAUGGGUGGAAGUUUCUGGCCAUUAGCAUGGCAAGCUAGAACCACAGUGAAGGAUGACUUCUCAUUCCCUGUGGUGCGAAUAUUCACCGUACGUGCUCCCGUUGUAUCCACAGUGCGGUUCACAGGAAUAUCAAAAGUCAGUGGAACCUCGUCCAUGUUGAUAAUGUUCUCUGGCCGGAUCUUUUUUUUCAGCUAUCUUGUUUUUACAAUAUGCACGGAAAGUAGCCAGCUUUUCUUGAAAGUCUUUAGGCAGUUGCUGUGAAAUAGUAGUCCGUGUGCGGAUGGAGAGAUUGCGUCUUUUCAUG